GUAGAACACCAAAAAGAACAGGAAAUUUCGAAUUGAAUAUUUCAUAAUAUAACGACACUGUUGUUACUUAGGUACAUUUACGAGGUAGGCUACCAGUGUAUCAAAUAAAAGCAAAUUGAAAUAAAAUCAUAUGCCUAUUAUAAAAUAAGUUUUGAAGUACAAUAAUAGACAGUCGAGCAUUAACAUAAUGUAGAAUAUAACUGUCUAUAAAUUUCUCGUUGAAUAAAUACUUUUAGUUUUAAGAGUCCUCAACUCGAAACUAUAAACAAUCCAAGAGUUUCUUUGAAAUUUAAGAGAUGUUAAAUUGUUCGUGAUUGCAAAAUGAUAAAUUAGAUGUCGUGAGUGGUUGAAUGAUCAUUAUAGGCUUAAAGCUAGGUUUUGGCAUUAUUGUUGUAAUAUUAAGACUGUUAUAAAUCAGUGAAUUAUAUGAUGCAAUCAAAUCAGAUAAUGCUUUUUUAUUUAUGCUAACAACUAUUGUUACAAACAAUAUAAACGUGUAUUUAUUAAACGCAGGUAAACAAUGAUCUAUUUGAGAAAUCACUGGGUUGAUUAAUGGCAUUCUUAUACGUGCUUAUAACACGUGAAUAUCCUAAUGGUAUUAGAUUUUAUUUUUAUAUUAUGAAUUUGAUUGUAAGAAUUUUCGUGGUUUUUGUUAACAUUUAUCACGUGGAGAACUAUGGAAAAAUCAGAAGAGUGCAUGAGCUAAAUAAUGCUCACGAGAAAAUUGUAAACAGAUAUUUUGUGCAAAGAAUUGAUUGGACGACAUCUAAUUUAGGAAAAAUAUUGUAUAAAAACGUGCCUGAAAAUGCGUGGGAGAGGGAAAAGAAAACGUUUAUAAUACACAUAUAUAAGUACUGGCGGGACUUCAAGAAUCGUCAUCUUAUUGACCAUGUAACUAACCGAUACGAUCCGCUAAAAGAUUGUCCGGUACAGAAUUGUGAAUUUACAAAAAACGAAAACUAUUUCUACACAGCCGACGUCGUCAUUUUUUACUUGUUUAGAGGCCGUUUGCCUCGCAAUCGUAGGACGAAUCUAAAACAAAGAUGGAUUUUUCUUAGUGACGAAUCCCCAGUGAACACCUUUGCUGGCGCCAAAGCGAAACCAAGUUUUUCCAGAUUAGCUAACAUAUUCAACUGGUCUAUGACUUACAGAAGCGAUUCAGAUGUCCCUAUACCGUACGGGCGCACGGUUGCGUUACCGAAGCCUAUAUUCCCAAAACCGAAAAGAAUGUCGUACGAAAACAUUGCAUCGCUGGUACCAUACUGGAACCAAAAAAGACGGGAUGUACUCGUUACUAUUCUCAUGUCUCAUUGUAGGACGCAUCGGAUCAACUACGUCAGAUAUUUACGAAGACUUAUCAACAUAGAUUUCUAUGGAAAAUGUUCCUAUACAUUUAGAUAUAGGACGAGAUGCCCUGGACAUUUUAACACGGAUUGCGAUGUUACAGCCAAUUAUUUAUUUUAUCUAGUUUUGGAAAAUACUUCAUGUCGCCAAUACAUGACCGAAAAACUAUUUUACAACGCCUACCUUAAAGGUGCUAUUCCUAUUAUAAGAAACCCGUCUUUGGAAGACUGUCAAAAACUGUUACCUCCUAACUCAUUCUUACACGCGGACCAGUUCAACUCACCUGUAGAAAUGGUUAACAUGAUAAAAGCAAUGGGAGCUGAUGACGAACUGCUCCUCUCUUUCCAUGCUUGGAGAAAUCAUUUCAAUGUUACCAACGAACAUGGAUUUUUCAAUUCAAAGUCAUCACAGAUGUGCAGGUUAUGCCAAGCGUUAAACUAUAAUGACAAAAGUGUUAGAUGGUAUGAUGAAGACGAUAUAAGAUUGUAUUUGGAUCCAAAGUUGUUGUGUACUGCUAUACCGGAUUUUGAUUUUGGACCUGUUAACAAACGAGGCAGAUAAAGACAGGAAAUAAUAAAAAAUAAUCUUACUAAUAAUGGAAUUAUGCUUAAUUUAAUUGAACCAUAAUUUAAUAUAAUAUUUCGUGUAGAAAUUUAUAAUAAAUACAUUAAUUUUGGUGCAUCUAAGUUAGUAAUAAAAUGGUCAUUGUUGGUAAAAACUAAUUUAUUAAAUAAAUAAUAAAUCGCUAGCGAACUAUCGCAAGGUUUUAUUUUAUAUUCUUUGCAUAACUUGAAUUAAUGUAUAUAACAAGACAAUAUGUUUUUUUCGACAAUAAAUUCUAAUAAACCUGAGAUAUAAAUAAUGGGGAACUAUAAGUAAUUGUCUUUUCAAAUUUUCACCAACAUGAGAAUUUUAAAACUAUUUUUUCAAUAUGAAUAAAUUUAAUAUAGGACCUUGUAAUAGAUAUGCUGGAAAU